AUGUCUGCUAGUAAAGAUCUUCGAUUGAAUAAACUUCAUCGAACACGAGAAAAUAGUCUGACCGAUGUCGUUCGCGUUACGGAUGAAAAUAUUCCGAAAUAUCGGCAAGUUAAUUACAAUGCUAUGAGACAGUUGAUUCACGAGCGAAAACAAAGUGGACUAGAAGCCUUAGAACGAGUUUCCAAAUUACAAAACGACAGUCAUUUCAUUCGCGAACAAGCAGAAUUGAAGCUCUGCCGUGAACAAUGGUUCAGUGAACAAUAUCGUUUAAAUCAACAAUAUCGAAAGCACGAUCAGGAACAUCGGACAUGGUUAACAGAAGCAUUUCACGAUCCAGAUUUACUAACGCUCUUUCAUGAUAUCACAAAAUACCGUAUCUGGUUAGAUGAAAAUACGAUCGAAUUUCGCAAGGCAACAAUCUUACCGAUUGUCCAGUUGAAAGAAGAAUUACAAACAAACCAAGUGAAUCAAGAUAACAUUUCACAUGUACUCGACGCACUCCGAAUCGUGGGAAAAGAGCAGCAAGAAUUAAUUGCUAUACUCGGUCACGAACAGAAACAACUCGAAGAGGAAUUGAAAGAAUUUCAACAAAUGAUUGAUGAAGAUGAAGAAAUCAAUAUGAUUGAGGAAGGAAUACCAGAUUCAGUUAUAGAAUUGCCAUGUCCAGAUGACGAGUUACGUGUGACAAUACUUCAAGAAUUUCUCAUUAUCGAUCAUCGAUAUCGAGAGAAUCUCGUCGAUUUAGAUGCGAAUUACCUGCCAAUUGUCAGUCAAGAGAACGGUGGAUGGGAUACGGAUGAACAUGAAAUGUUGAUUCACUUGUAUGAAACAUAUCCAACAGAUUUGAAAAAACGACGAACGCAUAUCUACAAUCAUUUUCAUCGCUAUUUUCCUAAUCGGUCGAGACAGGAUAUGUUGAACCACGAAGAAUGGUAUAAUGCUCGAGUAUAUUACCAAAAACACAAACGAAUGAUUCUUUAUGAAUGGAAACAAGCUCGUAAUGCAUUGAAAUUAAGAGCACAAUCAGUGUUUGAACAAGCUUUCGAACUGCAAGAACGUUUAGCUCAACAACACGAAGAGAAAAUGAAACAGCGCGCACUAUGUGAACAAUUAGCCAAUCAAGUGCAAAAAUGGAGAGAAAAGCAAUUGGAAGUAUUCGAAAUGAAGAAAAAAUUAGAAGAAUCGCGACGCGAAGUCGAACGUGAAAGAAUUCAAGAAGAAAACGACCGAUUACAAAAGCAUCGACAACGAAUGAAAGAAAAAGUUGCAGAAUACCAUACAGAAAAAGAAGAAGCUCGAUUAGUUGAAUAUGAAAGGGAGAAGAAACGUUUAGAAGAGAUGCAAGUCAUACUUGCUGAACAACAGCGCAAAGAUUGGGAACGUAUUAAAUACCGUAAAGAAGAGUACGAACGAAAACAGCAAGAGUUGCGUGAUCGAAAUCAAAAUGAAGAAUACGAAGAGAUUCAACGUGAGGAACGUCUUCAAGCUCUUGCCGAUCGUGUUCGACCUCACGUUGAAAUCGAUCACGCACGUGUGUUAAAACCCACGAAGGCAUUCAAUGCACAUCGUGGUUUACUAACAAGCGUCAAUGAUGACGUGAACAUUCAACAAGAACUAUUUCCUAUAAAUACAUUUAAUGAUCGGAAAUUAUAUGGAGAUGUCCGUAUUCGUCUUGAACAACGUUUACGUGAUGCGGGAUUGAUUCAGACGGACUAUGCUCGACAAGCUCUAGCUGCCUUGCAACAAGCACCUAAACGUAUUGAUACACGUGAGAAUCAAAUGUGGUCGGGUUUCGCAUUCAGAGCAAAUGAAACUGACUCACGAAACGUUUCAAAGCCAGUCAAACGCGAUUUUAUUAGUCAUCCGGUCUUCUAUGGCAUGGAUAGUUAA